GCUGAAUUCAUGACCAAAGAAAGUAUAUACCAUAAAUCAAGCUCCAGGCGAACUUAAGGAAUUAUCGACUUCUCUUGAAAUGCACUGUCCAGCUUCAAGGAUGUCAACGUUCCUUUUUUGCCUGCUUUUAUUGAAAUAUUUGGUUGGACCCAGUAGCGACAGACAUAAGAAAAGGAUGUACCCUCAGUUGGCUUUUGUUCCUACAACAAGCUUUUCGUGUUUGGAGAAGUCUCCUGGGUAUUACGCUGAUCAUUCGCCCCUUGCAAAAUGUCAGGUUUACCAUGUGUGUGACCACCAAGGACGAAAAUAUACGUACCUUUGCCCGAACCAAACAUUGUUUAAUCAGGCCUUACUGACUUGUGAUCACUGGUUUCACGUAAACUGUUCUAUGACUGAAAUGUUUUACAGAAGAAGCAAUAAAAUCUUAUAUGUAAGUGGCAGUGAAAAUUCCUCAAAGCAACGAGAAGCGGUUAGAAACCUCGUUACCAGACGACUGUAUAAAGAGGGCGCUUUUCGAAGAAGCGGUAUUUCUAAUACACUGGAAACGAACCUGCAUCAUAACCGCUGUACAGGAUGUAUGAAAUACUUCAUCAGGGAUAAAGAUAGUUGUAGACCGUGUGUGUUGCCAAGGUGAUUCGAAAUAAAAUCGUCCUUUCAAUACUGACUAGUUAAAAUUAUGUUGUGCAGGUUUGGCCAAAAUGUCGUUAAAAUUUGUGACAAAAAAGUCUGGCUUUGUAAAGUACUUGUGAACAAAACAGAUAUAUAGCAUUAAAAAUUACUUUAUUUAAUGGAUACCUUCAUUUAGUGAAAGUUUA